AUGGCUUCCGUCCACGUUGAGAACAUUGCCUCUCAGACCACCGAGAAGGAGGUCCGCGACUUCUUCAGCUUCUGUGGCAAGAUCCAAUCGCUUUCCGUGACCCCCACCGCCGGAGGCACGCAAUCUGCGACCGUGACAUUCGAGAAGGAGACGGCUGCGAAGACGGCGCUGCUGCUCGACAACACGCAGCUUGGACCCGCGCAGGUUAAGGUCACGGCUGCCAAGUCUUUUGACGAGCUGGCUGGCGGCAAGGCAUCGCCCGAAGGUGGCGAGGCAGGCAAGGAGGAGCACAACAUCCCGCAGGAGGACAAGCCCCGCGGCCGCAUUGUCGCCGAGUACCUGGCGCACGGCUACGUCAUCAGCGACAAGGCCAUCGAGCGCGCCCUCGAGCUCGACAAGCAGCACGGCGUGUCGAACCGCUUUACCUCGGCGCUCAAGUCGUUUGACGAGCGCUACAAGGCUUCGGAGAAGGCCGCCGCCGUCGACACCAAAUACGCCAUCUCGCAGAAGGCCGGCGCCGGCUGGCGCAGCCUGAACUCUUACUUUGACAAGGCGCUCGGCACCCCGACCGGCCAGAAGCUGCGCCAGUUCUACGAGCAGGGCAACAAGCAGGUUGUUGACGUCCAUAACGAAGCCCGCCACCUUGCAGAUCUCAAGAAGCAACAGCAGGCCCAAGGUGCCCAGUCUGCCACUGGCGAGACCAAGAUCCCGACCGCCGAGGAGGCCGAGCUCGAGAUUGUCCCUGGUACAGACAAGACCAAGUGCAACUGCAGCUCCGUGGCCGGAAAGUGCCCUUGUGAGCCAGGCAAGUGCGCCUGCGCCGGAUGCGCUAAGAGCACUGAGACGGCUGCCGCCUCGGCCGCGGCAACCUCCGAGAAGCCGGCCGCCUCUGCGUAA